AUGAACAUCACUUCAGAAAAGACAUUUUAUGUGCUGUUUCACUCCGUUUCUGCUGGCAAACAUGUUGUCACACUCUAUGACAUGAAAACUCAGCAAAAUAUUAUUCAUCAACUUCUUGAAGCUGAAGUAUGUAAGUUGGAUGGUGAUAUUCCAUUUUCUGACAGUAUCCAUUUUGACUGCAAUCCUGAUAGCUGGGACUUCCAACCUGGAUCUCUAUGUUGGCCCUAUGCUUACAUGGACAAUGGUCUCUUGGGUCAACCUGCUGAAGAUCCCAUCCAACAACCUGCCACACUACAAACACAUACUUCCACUGCAAGUGAACCUGUCAACCUGAAGACGGCUCCAUUAAGAGUGCCAAGCACUGAUAUGUCCAUCUUUGAGUUGACUUCAGAAUUAACUCCAGAGAAGUUGGUGGCAUUCAGCCAACAACAGGAAUAUCAUAGAGCUCAACAGGAAGUUAAGCAGAUCUUUGCUGAACAUUCCGCUGCUAAUGACCAACCAUUGCACUCUCCUGAAACUUCCCCUGGAGGAUUCAGUAGUAUGAAAACCAUGGAUGAAGUGCUAAGUAAUGUCCAUAGCCAAUUGCAAGAAAUGUACAAUGCUGAUAAACAUCUUGGAAAUGGUAACAACAGUAACAGUGGCAGUAAUACAAGGACAACUUCCCAUCACCAGGCUGACACAAUGAAAUCUUCCAAUAAACAGUCCAACCGUAACCAGGGAAUGUGGACUGGCAAAAAGUGUACGGUUCCUCCUGGUUUUCGGCCCCUUGGCUGCAACACUCGCUCUGAAUUCUCCACGGAGGAUGUGCCAAGAGAGACUUAUAACAGCAGCAACAUUGCUGGGAAACUUUCUGAGGACUGUUACCCUCAGGCUCAGAAUCUUGAGCCAGUAGACAGCAGGCUGCUGGGGCCCCUAAAUUCUGUUCCCGUUCUUGCUACCCCAUCGAUAUGUCAUCCCCAUCCUCCUGCUGGAUACACUUCCCUCUCAUCUCCCCCUCACAAUUCAGUCAUGUUGAGCUUUAAGAGGAAGCUUUACCAGAUUUUACCAAACAACUCUAAUGUUGAUUGGUCUCAACUCUCCUGGCAGUUGAACAAUCUUUUUCAUGAUUUUGAUGGACGAAUGUUGCAAGCUGAGAAAUUGGAAGUCGUUUUUGAAGCUGUGUUGCAGCAGGCCAUCUUAAAUCCUCCCUUUCUCUCCACUGCCAUUGACUUGGUAUUUCUCCUCAAAGAUAAAGACCUCUUUAAAGAGUCCUUGGCAGCUGUUGUGAAACAUUUAGAAAGCUCUUAUGUAAAGGUUGAAUCAAAGGAUGCAGAGUUCUGUGCUAUUUUAUUGGCCCAAAUUUUAGUAGAAAUUGCCAAGCAAAAUAUCGGAUGUUCAACUUGUUUGUCACCUUUCCAGUACAUAAUUUACAAGUGGCUGAAAUCUAAUCAUAUGACUUGUACUUCCCCAAAGGAUAAAGUUUGGCAAAUGAUGUAUCAACAAUGUUUUGUAUCCUUCUGGUCUCUUGUGGGUGGUGAUUGUUUAUUGCUAAUGCCUCAGGAUUUCAAAGAAAUUUUAAGGGAAGAAAUUCAUAUCAUGAUCCUCAAAUCGGAUAUUUCUUGGUCACUGCGUUCACGGUUGUUGUCGGUGAAUACCCGACAGGAACAGAUUGUCUUCUUCCAAGAGAGACGUAAAAGUUGUGAUGUUUCAACCCAAACAGAUGCUGAGAAAGUCCAACCUAUUUCUGGCAACAAUUCUGGUUGUGCAACGCCCUUGCCAGUAACCAUAGCUACGGUCAGCGGUAGUAGCAGUGUUGGAAGUCAUGUGCAUACCUGUGAAGCAAAUGGUGAUAAUAUAGAGGUACCUGAUCGCUGGUCUCCUGCUUCUUCUCCUCCCCCUGCUUCACCUGGGGCUUCUGCUGAGUGUCGUUUUUCAAACACUGCUUCACCAUUGACGACGACUGUAGCUGCUUCACAAGAAUCUGGUUCCCAUUACACGAGCUCAUUUCCCUUGUCACUUCCACCUGAGCCGACUGACAUUGGUGACGAGCAAUCGCCAUUGACUUUGGCUGUAGAAAAUAAUGGCAGUCACUGCCAGACGCCGGAAUUAGUGAGCCCAUCUCAUUUUACUGCUUCCCUGCCCAGUAACACUGUGCCUGGUUUAGAAGCUCAAAAACCAGAUAGCACUGAGACCCCAUCAGAGUUUUUAUGGAGUAAAAGUAUCAAUGACUUUGAAUUGAAGAAACCAAUUGUUGAACCAAUGAGCUGGAAUCCUUUUGAACCCGAUUUCUUAGAACGGACACUGGAAACUGCUUAUGUGGCCCCAACUAAAGUGGCUGAAGAGGAGCGGCCAGUGACACCACCUUGUGUAAUCCCAGCCCCACAGCCAGUGCAACCAGUUGUGACAGCCCCCGAGAUGGUGAGGGGUAGUUAUGCAGCCAGGGUUGCAGAGAAGGCAGGCGAGAAUCAGAACAUGGCUUCACAUCGUAAUACCUCCAUGUUUGACUAUCGCUGUGAAAAGCUAAGUACAGUGAGGACUGUGUUCUCAAGCCGGGAUAAUGGUAAUGCUAAAAUUAGGUUUGUUGCCAAGCGUCUUGUACCAGAACCAAGUUUGGGCAAUUCACAGAAAAGGAAAGGGCGGAAGAAUGGGGCCUUUUCUAAUUCUUCCUCUUCUUCAAAUUCUUCAUGUACAUCAUCACCUUCAUCAAAAAUAUGGAACCAACCCCGUCAAGGGGCAGGUGCCAACAUCUCCAACAUUCAAGGCACUAGUGCCGAUUUAUCUCUUGACCAGAUUGGCAAAAUGCUGCAGAAUUCAACUCCUUCAGAAAAAGAUUCUUGGACUGCAGAAUGUAAAUCAGCAGUACCAGUUGCUCCAAUCCUCACAGACAAUAACCAUAACAUUGACCCUUCCUUAGAAACAGGAAAUGGUCGCAAUGUUUGGUCUAGCCGUAAUAGAACUCAUAUGGAGACGGGGCAAUCCUCGAGUGGUGCUGCUGCCGCCCCUGCUCCAGUAGUCACAACUUGUCGACAAGAAGCACCAACGAUCCACUGUACCAUCUGUGGAUUUGAAGACCACGAGACUCACCAGUGUCCAGACCAUUCCAAAUCGUUUUUUAUUUAA